CAGAAGGCGGACCGCGCAGUUCCUUUUGCUUGAGACAUUUGAAAGCUGGCACGGACGAGCACGUCUUUACGGUCUGUUCUGCAUCAUCAUUCUAUUUUAACUGAAUUUUACUCUUACGCCCUUAGUUACGAGCAUGGAACUGAAUGAUGCUAACCUACAAACCCUCACCGAGUUCCUUAGGAAAACGCUGGACCCAGAUCCAACAGUCAGACGUCCAGCUGAAAAGUUUCUUGAAUCAGUGGAGGGGAACCAGAACUACCCUUUGUUACUACUCACUUUGCUGGAGAAGUCCCAAGACAACGUGAUUCGUGUCUGCGCUGCUGUUACAUUCAAGAAUUACAUCAAAAGAAACUGGCGCAUUGUUGAAGAGGAGCCAAACAAAAUCUCCAAUCCAGACCGGACAGCAAUUAAAGCAAACAUCGUGAAUUUGAUGCUAAGCAGCCCUGAACAGAUACAAAAACAGUUGAGCGAUGCCAUCAGCAUCAUAGGAAGAGAGGAUUUUCCUCAGAAAUGGCCUGACCUGCUAACUGAGAUGGUAACCCGAUUCAGAAGUGGAGACUUCCACAUCAUCAAUGGAGUGCUCCGUACAGCACACUCCCUCUUUAAGAGGUACCGCCACGAGUUUAAGUCAAAUGAGCUUUGGUCGGAGAUAAAACUAGUAUUGGACACAUUUGCCCUACCUUUGACAGAGCUGUUCAAGGCAACUAUUGAGUUGUGUCAGACUCAUGCUACGGACAUCAAUGCCUUGAAGGUCCUCUUCUCCUCCCUCACACUCAUCUCUAAGCUUUUCUACAGCCUUAACUUCCAGGAUCUUCCAGAGUUUUUUGAAGACAAUAUGGAAACCUGGAUGACCAAUUUCCAUGGCCUACUGACUUUGGAUAAUAAGCUUCUACAAACAGAUGAUGAGGAGGAAGCAGGUCUCCUGGAGCUGCUGAAGUCUCAGAUCUGUGACAAUGCUGCUCUUUACGCUCAGAAGUAUGACGAGGAAUUUCAGCCAUAUCUGCCACGCUUCGUCACUGCUAUCUGGAACCUUUUAGUUUCUACUGGCCAAGAAGUCAAAUAUGACCUGCUCGUAAGCAAUGCCAUCCAGUUCUUGGCUUCGGUUUGUGAAAGACCACACUAUAAGCAUCUAUUUGAAGACCAGAAUACACUCACUAGCAUUUGUGAGAAGGUCAUUGUGCCCAACAUGGAGUUCAGAAGUGCAGAUGAGGAGGCGUUUGAGGAUAACCCGGAAGAAUACAUCCGAAGAGACCUUGAAGGAUCUGACAUUGACACUCGUCGCAGGGCGGCAUGUGACUUAGUGAGAGGCCUUUGCAAAUUUUUUGAGGGUCCUGUCACAGCAAUCUUCUCUGGCUAUGUGAGCUCAAUGCUGGCAGAGUAUGCAAAGAACCCUCAAGGGAACUGGAAACACAAAGAUGCUGCCAUCUAUUUGGUCACAUCACUAGCAUCUAAAGCCCAGACACAAAAGCAUGGGAUAACACAAGCCAAUGAGUUGGUGAAUCUGACAGAUUUUUUUGUAAACCACAUUCUGCCAGAUUUAAAAUCCCAAAAUGUUAAUGAGUUCCCUGUGCUGAAAGCUGAUGCUAUCAAGUAUGUUAUGAUCUUCAGAAGCCAGCUUCCUAAGGAACAGCUGCUGCAGGCAAUCCCUCUACUGAUAACUCACCUGCAGGCAGAGAGCACAGUGCAGCACACUUACACUGCCCAUGCUUUGGAGAGGCUGUUCACUAUGAAAGGCCCUAACAACACCACACUUGUCACACCUGCAGAGAUGGCACCUUUUACUGAACAGCUGCUCAACAACUUGUUCAAGGCACUGGCUCUUCCAGGUUCUGCAGAAAAUGAAUACAUCAUGAAAGCCAUCAUGCGCAGCUUCUCCCUGCUGCAGGAGGCCAUUGUUCCCUACAUCCCCACUCUGAUUGCUCAGCUCACUCAUAAGCUCCUCUUAGUCAGCAAGAAUCCCAGCAAGCCCCAUUUUAACCACUACCUGUUUGAGUCCCUGUGCUUGUCUGUGCGGAUCACCUGCAAGGCCAACCCCUCUACUGUCAGCAGCUUUGAGGAAGCACUCUUCCCUGUCUUCACUGAGAUCCUUCAGAAUGACGUGCAGGAGUUUCUUCCAUACCUGUUCCAGGUGAUGUCCCUUCUCCUAGAGCUCUACUCCGGCUCUGUUCCCUACAUGGCUUUGUUUCCUCACCUGCUGCAGCCUGUGCUUUGGGAACGGACAGGAAAUAUCCCCCCUCUGGUGCGCCUGCUCCAGGCCUACCUGGAGAAAGGAAGUGCCACUAUUGCCAGCUCUGCUACAGAUAAAAUACCUGGUUUGCUUGGAGUUUUCCAAAAGCUUAUUGCUUCGAAGGCCAAUGAUCACCAGGGUUUCUACCUUCUUGGCAGCAUCAUAGAGCACAUGCCCCCAGAAUCAAUCACUCAGUACAGGAAACAGAUCUUUAUUUUGCUCUUCCAGAGGCUACAAAGCUCCAAAACCACCAAGUUCAUCAAGAGCUUCUUGGUAUUUAUCAACCUGUAUUGUGUCAAAUAUGGAGCUAUUGCACUUCAUGAGAUUUUUGAUAGCAUCCAGCCAAAAAUGUUUGGUAUGGUGCUGGAGAAAAUAGUGAUUCCAGAGGUUCAGAAGGUUUCUGGAACAGUUGAGAAGAAGAUAUGUGCUGUUGGCAUUACAAAAAUCCUUACAGAGUGUCCUGCUAUGAUGGACACGGAGUACACUAAACUCUGGGCCCCGCUUCUCCAGGCCCUCAUUGGUCUGUUUGAGUUGCCAGAAGAUGACAGCAUCCCAGAUGAUGAGCACUUCAUUGACAUUGAAGACACACCAGGCUAUCAGACUGCAUUCUCACAGCUGGCAUUUGCUGGGAAGAAGGAGCGCGACCCGAUCGGAGAUGCUGUCGGCAACCCCAGGAUCCUGCUGGCGCAGUCGCUCCACAAGCUUUCUACUGCCUGUCCAGGAAGGGUUCCCUCGAUGCUGAGCACCAGUCUGAAUGCAGAGGCCCUCCAGUUCCUGCAGGGGUACUUGCAGGCAGCCAAUGUGCAGUUGGUUUGAAAUUGAUAUGAUGGUGCUCAAAUAAUUUGGAGACCACAACACACUGCAGGAAUAGCCACAGUGGCCCCAGGUCACACAGCAAAACAAACCUGCUUCAGCUGAACUUGUCUUUACAGGUUUGGUUUGACUUGGCAGUUUUAAUGGAUUUGCCAGAGGAAUGAUCAUUCAGUCUGAACUUAAUUGGUAUCUCUGAUUUAAAGUUUUUUUUUAGGACAUGAUUAAAGUUGACAUAACUGAAUGUCUGUUUGUGUUUGGGCCCUUGAUUUGCUGUGCGGCACAAAACUAAGGAUUUGAUGAUCAGGUUCUGAUACAGUUAUUUGUGUCAACAGAGGGAAAUUUCAAUAGUAUUGUGGAAUAUCUGAAAUAUAUGGGAGGCGUUUCCUAAGUGCUUUUUCUGUAUGUUUGAAUUCCUUUUUACAGUUAUUUAGGCAGUAAUCUGUGGCUCAAACAUGUUGUGUAAUAUUUUUGUUGCAUGUUUCCUGUAGUUUUGUUCAUAUCUAGUCAUUGUUUCUGCACUAUUUGCUAAGAUGAUUAAAAAGGCACUUGUA